AUGUUCCAGCUAAAGCGUGCUGUCCAAGGCAUCCUCCAGCGGCCUCCAGAAGAGCAGCAGAUAUACAAGGAUGACCAGCUCCUUGAUGACAGAAAAACUCUGGGCGAGUGUGGCUUCACUAGCCAGACAGCACGGCCACAGGCCCCAGCCACAGUGGGCCUGGCCUUCCGAGCAGAUGAUGCUUUUGAAGCCCUGCAUAGUGAGCCCUUCUCCAGUUCUCCAUAG